AUGUCCAACUCAAACUCUUCACCGUCCACGCUGGCCGGCUACCUGGAGCAGACGGCUUCGGCGCUGAGCUCCGUCGCCUCGUAUAUGAAGCUCCCCGCUCUUGCAUCCACGGGCAUUGCUGCGGUCCUGACAUCUCUUCUAUACUUUAAGCAAAAGGCCUUAAUCUACCCAUCGCACAUGCCCCCCAAUGCUCGCACCGACGUACCACGGCCCUCACAGUUUGGUAUUCGCGAUUUCGAAGAAUUGAUGAUUCCGACAGACGAUGGCGAAAAGUUGUCUGCAUUUUACAUUCGCGGCCCGGCCAAUCACAGAAAUUCUAGGAUUACAAUACUUAUGUUCCAUGGGAAUGCUGGCAAUAUAGGACAUCGCCUGCCCAUCGCAAAAUUGUUAAUCAACACAAUCGGCUGCAAUGUGUUUAUGCUCGAGUACAGAGGCUAUGGUACAUCGACAGGAGAACCUGACGAAGCUGGACUGAACAUUGACGCCCAGACUGGGCUCAACUAUCUCCGUGAUCGGGCAGAGACUCGAAGCCAUCGAUAUGUCAUUUUUGGUCAAAGUUUGGGCGGUGCUGUUGGCAUCAAGCUCGCUGCCAAAAACCAGGGCCGUGGCGACGUUGCUGGUCUCAUUCUUGAGAACACCUUCUUGUCCAUGCGCAAACUUAUUCCAUCCGUCAUCCCCCCUGCCAAGUACCUGACUCUCCUCUGCCAUCAAGUUUGGGCCAGCGAAGCUGUGCUUCCCACCAUAGACAGGGUGCCCACCUUGUUCCUCAGCGGCUUGCAAGACGAAAUUGUUCCGCCGAGCCAUAUGCAUCGAUUGUACGAACUCUCUGUCGCCCCGAGGAAAAUUUGGAAACCACUGCCUGGUGGUGAUCACAACUCGAGUGUUUUGGAAGAGGGCUACUUUGAGGCCAUUAAAGACUUUGUCAAUGAUGUCGGGAGCGAGGAUGAAGACGAGAAGUACUAA